AGCAGCACCAUGCAGCCACUUUAUCUUCUCAUUGUGGCUGUUGCCUUAGUUGCCUCAGGCACAGCAGAGGUGAUGAAUGACUUCUCCUCUUGUAUUGAUUACUUCUUUGGAGGAAAACCCCCAACUGGCUUUGAGAAGACUGCCUUGCCUGUUCCAGAAGAGCCUCUCCCAGACAGCAAUGCACCCCAAUGUCUAGCUGCCUAUCAGCAAAGUUCACCCGCUUAUAUCUGCCAGAAGAUACCAAAAGGCAACCAGUAUUAUUUUGCCACUUUAUACGACAGGGGCCGGAGAAUUCCUCUCUACUCUGCUUACCUGGUAGAAAAAGGCAAACCUUGUGGUAAACGACUAGGUUACUUUCGUUUGGAACCUCAGCUUAUACACCGGGAACUUUCUACAGAGUCACAACAAAUAACAGAUACUAAGAAAAUGAUAAAAAAAUACAACACAGAAAAGGGUUGCAACCGUACAAAAACAGAAUAUCAAGAAAAACAUAAAGUAAUGCAAAGUCAAGCUGUUGAUGAGGACUACGAGGCUGCAGAGAAGGAAGGUUAUGAUCGUGGCCACAUAAAUCCCCGACAGCACCAGAGUCAGGUACAGUUCUGUGACUCCACCUUCACUUUUACUAACGUUGUUGCAGUGAACAAGGAGCUCAACAACAAUAUAUGGAAUAAACAUGAAUUUGAAAUAAAAAAUAUGACAGAUUCCCAGUGUAAUCAAAUAUAUGUGAUCACAGGAGCUGUCCCAAACAAUAACAAAAAAGUGAACAAUCGUGUGUACGUGCCCAGCCACAUCUGGAGUGCCUACUGCUGCGUUAAUAACAUGGGGCAGCCUAUAAAAUCAAGAGGUGUCCUUGUCCGUAACGACAACAACGCCCAAAAGCAAAACAUGACGGUGAACAAAUUGGAAGAAGAAUUGGGCCAAUUGUACAAUCAAAAGAUCAAACUAAUUGAUGGCUGUUAGACUUAGACUCUCGUCCAAGUCUAUGAAAAAAACAAAAGUGUUUCCCUAAACAGGACAAGCAUUUUCUUUAAAACACAACAAAUAUAAAAGUGUUCACCUUAAAUAUAUAAAAAAAGAAUAAUAACGACUUAAAGUAAUUUGUGCUUGCUAACAAUGAUGGCUUACAUGCAAAACACAGCUGUUUUAUGGACUACUAUGAAAAGCUAUUCAAUGAAAAUAUCAAUGGGAUUUGUCUCAUGUACUCCUUCAAUUUGACAGAAAAAAAUAUGCCAUCAUGGCAGUAUAAAUAUUUCUUUGAUCUAGAACAGUCAGUCAGUAUAUCCCCUCAUUAGAAGCCUGGAACCUUCUCCUGCAGGUUUGGUCUCACUGUCACAUCAAGACAACUCCACCCAUCCAGCCAUCAAUCUGUUGUUUAAAUUUCCAUCUCCAAUUUUUAGCUGCCUGUGCCUCUCCGGGAAUCAUUUGGUACAAGAUUAAAAUCAACUGGAAUGUGCCACAAGUAAUAAUCGCCAAUUGACUUCAGGGGAAUAUGUUCUGGAUGAGUGGGAAAACCAAGCAAAAGGAAGAAGAAAUGGAAAAUCCACACUGACACUGACUUGACCAGGAUUCAAACUCAGACUUCUAGACACAAAGAGGAAAAAGUAAAAGUAGGCCUUAAAAUAUAGAAGGUUUAGCUAGAAAGAACAACCCCUACCAAUGGUUCACUGGAUGACUCUGGCAAAAUAUUUACUGGUCACGUUUAAAAGUAAACAACAUUACAGAGCAAGCAAUAACACCACCUAAAACAAAUCAUCAGUGUUUGGGGGAUGAUAGAACUAACAGUAAGAAUCUCUUGUCACGUAAUUACAAAUCAGUGGUGGUUUACAAUUUGUUUGUAAUGGUUGCUACCAUGACAAUAAAUUACAUCUUUCAGAAAACAAAUUUAAAUAUUAUUUUAUUGCAGAAAAUUGUCACACAUACUAAUUAGCAUUUAUUGUAGCACUACCUGUGCUACCCAUAUAUGAUGGGUUGAAAUCUAAGUAAUCAACCCAGACCUCAGAGUUAAUGUUUGCAGUGAACAAUGCACUGCAUCUGUCUCUGUUUUAUGACAUUUGGUAUGGCAUUAGUAAAGCAGUGUUAUUGCUUAUGAUGUGCCAUCUGUUGGAAUAGAAAAGGAAAUGCAUUUUAUUAUUCCAGAUGUUUGUGACCCGAUAACUUUUGGACAUAGAGUCAUAGAAACCAUAUAGAAACACAGACAGACAUCCAGACAUCUUAACCUAUUAUUAAGGUGGAUUUAAAUGACAACAUGUUUACCAUCAUGUCACAAAGAACAUGCAGGACAUAUUUAGGUUUUUAGUACACCUGCAGGGCUGAUACUGUGCAAGGGCCUGUACACAUACUUCCUCUUCUGUCUCGAGCACAUGGCUGCUCUGAUUUCAGUAAACCACCAAGUGUCACUAUAUAUUUUUGAAGCUCUAAAGCGUCAGAUCUUUUUCCAGCACGGUCAGGAGGAACCUGAAAAGCUUCUGCUCAUCACUAAGUAAAACAGAUACUUCAUGAUAAACACACAGACGUGAGCUGCUGGUUCUUUUGUCACGUGCAUCCCAUUGUUAACUGGCAGCUGAUUAGUUAAAUGGGAGAGUAAAAGAAGCAGUCAAAGGGAGGGAAUUUUAAGAAGUGAGUUAACUAAAAUGAAACAGGAAUAAUGUUUUUAAGCAAUAUUUGACUUUUGAUUAAGAAAUUUGUUUGAAAAGAAACAGGUUUUCCAGGAUAAACCUGAGCAACCCAUUCCUAAAGUGAAAUGUCAUAGCCACUAAGCGACUGUACCCCUGCAUGACUUUGGAAGGAUAUAAGUAUAGAUUAAUGUUAUUUUUCUGAUAGAGAAAUAACUAUAGAGGAGAGAACUAAGAGACAUUGAUACUUUGGAAGAUGGGAAAACAAGAGGGUUAUAAGUGAGAAGAAGCCAAACCAGAAAGAGAAGACAAGUAGGCCUUUGCAAAACAAAUGCAACGAAAGAACUGUAUAUUGAACUCAUAACAACUCAAGACGAUUAGCAGGAAUGAAUUUUUUUGUACCACUUCCAGUGGAGAUUAUGGUCUGAUCCCACAGUGAAAUGUAGAGAACUUUCAGUAUUUUUGAUCUCGCUAUCACUUUGUUACAGACUUUAGUCUUGUUGCCAAAAUGAUUUCCAGUCACUGUCUGUAUGUUUUUCCUGUGUGCCCUGUGAUGGACUCUUAUUAAAUCCAAAGGGGAAUUAGGAUAUAUUUUGCUAGCCCCUCAGCCCUAUAGUCAGAACAUAAAAUUUGUAGUAUUUAGUAAUUUGUAAAGGAUUACUUUCUUUGAAUUACUACCAGACUCUGCUGAAGCCCAAUGACAGCAUGCAUCUUACACUGAGAGGCCUCAUUUCUGGUGCUGUACUGAACUGCCUUUCUAAAGGAAUUUUUCACUGACGUGGCUGGCAUCUUUUUCACUUAAAUGGAAAAAAAAGGAAUUUAAAACUUGCAUGACAUCUGGUUUUCAUUAUGUGGUGCUGAUAUUUGCACCGAUCCAUUCACCCAUUAAUGGACAUGCUUAAUUAAGAAAUGUAUAAUUUUAAGUGCU